AGCAAACAGUAAUUGGUUUCAGGCAUGAGGAAGUUAUUUCAGAAUUUCGACCCUUUGUGUAACUUUCAUGUAGACAGCGAUAGUCUCAGCAGAGUGAGUCUGGCAAAGAAACCUGUUCAGCGCACGGUGUGGAGGACCUGAAAAACCCUCAUAAUGAGGAAUAUGUUUCUAGUGCUGCUGGUUGUUUGCCUGCCAACACACAGUCAGAGCAAACACUUGCUCCGCUGGCUGAUCUUCUGCCAGAGGAACUUGUCAUCGGAUGCUCAGUACGAUUUGGAGUAUGAUGGCGACGAGCUCCUCUACGUUGACCCGGUCACUUAUGCGAUAGUGCAGCGCCUGCCAGAGUUUGCAGAGCAGUGGACUCCCGAUCCCCAGCUGCCCGGGGACACCUACGUGUCCAUAGGAACCUGCUUAUACAACAUCCCCACCUGCAUUAAGGGAGAAAAGAACCCUCCAGAGGCCAUCGUGGCACCCACUACCCAGAUGUACCCCAGACAGCAGGUAGAGCUGGGAGUCCAGAACACCCUCAUCUGCUGGGUCAGCGACUUCCACCCCACGCCAGUUUCCAUCACCUGGAGCAGGAACGGGCAGACGGUGGGGCAGGGCGACGUCAGCCAGACGCAGUACUACUCCAACAAGGACUUCAGCUUCCGCAUCUUCUCCUACCUGAGCUUCACCCCCCAGGAGGGAGACAUCUACUCGUGCACCGUGGAGCACAUCAGCCUGUUCGAGCCCCUCACCAGGUUCUGGGAGGUUGAAGUGCACACAGACCACCAGGUUAUGGAAACAGCAGUGUGUGUUUGCGGCGUGCUCCUGGGGGUGAUGGGAGUUGCCGCAGGAGUCUGGUUCAUCAGGAAAGCCAACAGGUCCCUCUCCCCGUUGUAAACCAUGAAGAGGAAGAGUGGUGUCACUUAUGUCAUCUCCUUCGUAUUUUAUCCUAGGAAUUUUUCUUUGUGGAGUGAUGUUUCAUUAUUAUAAGCACCAUCAGAGUUUUUACUUUAGUCCACCCUUCACAGUUUUUUAAGUUUCCUAAAUAAACUCAAACCUCCUCCUCAAAACCUCAGCACAUUUAGCUGCUCUCUGCAUGUUUAUUUUUCUCAUUACAGAAAUGAAAAUUCAGUGCUGGGCUUUAUCCUUCAUAUUUUGGCAUGUUCUUGCACAGCAGUGGCUUUAUGCCCAUUGUGUUUGUAAUGUACAAAUAAAGCACAUCGACCUGUACGUUAUCAUAUAUAGUGCUGUGGGUCAAACGAAACACAGCGUCUGAAAAAAGAAGAGAACAAUAAGCCAUCCGUGUUGUUUUUUAGGUGUUUGUUAAUCCCUCAGAAAUAAUAAAAUGCAGAUGUAACCACUGGCACAUUCGCACAGUCACCCUGCCAUCAGUUAUUACUAACUGGCAAGGCUUUUGGCCAGAACGGUGCUCCUGCAGCUCCGGCGUGACAUGAAUGAUAAGUAAAUAAUGUUCAUCAUGUUUGCAUCUUUGUCUUUUAAUGCUGGCACAAAAUGGCAGCGCUCCAAACAGCUUCAGCUUUCUGUCAGGUUUACUUUGGCUCAGGCUUGAAUCAAAUUAUGCCCCCAGUGAUGGAUGAGAUAGCUGCCACAUUUUAACAUGUGGGCAAACUUGAAAUGCUGAAAAUACUGCAGCACUGAGCUCGCAAUCACGCCGUGUGUAUUCGACGUCGUAGAAAUAAUUCAUACCACCGGACUGAGGGGAACGUGUGUGUGUUACAUGUCAAUUUGAAAAUGGCACGUGUGGGAGUAUUGUCAACACCAAGCACAAAAGAACAAAAGUGAAAUAACAAAUUGGGUUACAGUGGAGGCUGUUGAGUGAUAGAUCUGACAUCGGAAACGCAGUGGUUGCCAAGACAUUUGUUCAAGUAGAUCAACCACAUUUCUCUUGUUCUUGUUACAAUCUGAUGUGCCAGGUGGUGCUGAGAUUAUCCCGUGUUAAAUAAGUGAUGGAAAAAACAAAACAAAACUCAGCUUCAAUAAAACCUGAAAAAGCACCGCACUUUGGUAACUCUCUAUUUCCUUUGACACAGCAGCAUGCAAGGUGCAAUUUUGCCUUUUUGUGAAAUAUAAACAAUGUUCAAGAUGGAGUCAUUCCUUCCUACGUUCUCCAGCUCUGUAUAUUUUCACAUACACAUCCAAUCAGCCAAUCAAAUCGUCUAAAAUCAGCCUGUCUGCAUUUCCUGACAGAAGCUGCUGAAUGGGUGGCAGCAGGCAGAGUGCUGGUUGGUGAACCAUCCAAACCAAAGAGGAGCACAAAUGAGAAAGUUGGCAUUUACAUUACAGCAGGUGGUUGAUCCAUACUGUUGGUUA